UGUUUUGGGAAGAUUAAGGAAUCUGCGCUCAUUGCUACCCGCGCUGUCUCGGAGGCUUCACCAGCUUGCGUUUAAUUAAUUUAUUUAUUGUGAUUUUUAUUAUUAUUAUUAUUAUUAAUUUUGCCCGCUCAGAGAAAGAAAAGAGCUGUGCAAUCAUUGAGAAAGGCGAUAUGACUGUGCAGAUAUGCAACAUCAGUACUGAGUCUGUCCGUCGUUGCUUUUUUUUUUUCAAUGGGCGAAGACAAACGCAUUUUCUCAGCAUGGACUGUGAUCUGUGCGGUGUGCAGCUCUUUCUCUCCCCCAAUAUCAACAUUUGCACCUAAAUGCGUUAUGGAUGUUGAAUGGAGAAAGGGGGGCUCGUGCCUUUUGGGAGAGGGCUUUUUGGGGGCUGCGUCAUCUGCGAGUGGACAAACGGGAGAUGGACCGCUGUGCAAAUUUUCCACUAUUACACUGUUUUAACAGCAAGAGUCAAAGCGGCACCUCCCUGCUAGAUUUUUUGGAAAUUGCAAAGAAAAGAGAGGGAGUGAUGAGCAUGGCCGGGCAUUGUUGCGCUGUGUUUGAAGAGCCACCAGACUGAACUUAAAUGUCUGGUUACGUCCUGCUACCACAACAUGGUAAGAUGGUGAUGUGGCCACCUCGUAGACCUGGGGAACCAUCUGCAUCUGUCUGCAAGCAGCCACUUGCUCAGGUCAAGCAUCGGCCCAUCUACUUACAGCUUGUGCACGCUCACUGUGUGUUCAGUAGUGGCAGGAGGAAGGAGGUGUCAUGGUGGCCUUUAGACCCUGAGAGAAAGGGACUACUUACCCUGUGAUCACCAGGACUGACGAGACCCCAGAGAUAUGAUUGGCAGCUGAAGCUGAGACUUAACACAACUGUGAAUCGAUAACUUGGUGCUACUCUAAAAGCCAGUUGGCUUUUAGGUUUUUGGUGCAGAAAACAGGAGUCAGAUAUUCUCAGUGUUGGAGUGAGGCCCUCUCUGUGCUGCAGUGGAGGGCUUCACAGAUACAGCUAGUCUGGCUGGAUGCAUCACGCAGUAGAGCAGUUAGGCGGGCGAGGCACACGGGAUUCCUUCCCUCUGGACGGACUCAACCGGGGCCCAUGGCCUCCCAUGAGCAGCCGUGCCUGGCAGCCGCCUGCCAGGUGUUCACCUACAAUGAACCAACACCAGCUACUUCCCCAUCUACCUCCUGGAUCUAUGGGUGGAUUGAACCCUCACAGUAAAUACUUCAGUAAUGGGCCAAUGCGAGGAGGGGAAAAACUUGAACUCCCACAGGCCAUGUUACCUGGAAUGCAGAGGGAGCAGCAGAGACCUCCCCUUCACCAUCUUCAUCCUCCACCUCCUCACAGAGCAUGGGAGCAGCUAGGCCAGCUGUACGAAACCCAUCUUCCUCCUCAAGGCCAUCCUGUUUUGUCCAUGCCCAAUGAGCACUCACUGCGUCUCCACAAUGGAGGCUAUGCAGGCAGCAGUGGACCUCCCCCUAACCCACAUCUUCCUCCUAGCAGAUCGAACCCACUGCUGAAGGAGCAGCAUGUUCCCCGGGGUCCACCAUUGCUGGGAGAUGAAAUGUGGGCUCAGGUGCAUCAGCAGAGGACCUUUUCAGGGAAGAUGCUUGGGGGUCAGUUGAAGAGACCAGGCCCUCCACUGGGAGAGCACUCUGUGAUUCAACACACUCCUCUGGCAUCACUGCACUCAUCCUCCCGCCCUGCUGCCGAGGACUGCCCCAGCCCCAGCAAGAGGAAGAAGAAUUCAGAUCAGGUAUUUCACCCUGGGCUGCCGCGUUUCUCUGGUGCUGGCCAGUCUUUGCUGUCCCAGCAGCAGCCACCAGCUAACCAUCUCCCCCCAAAACCCACCUUUUGGAACCCAAUUCACAAAGACAGCAGCAUUCCCUGGCAGCCCCACACCUCCGACCGCAAAAAUCCACAAUCGCAGGAAUUUCAGGAAAAUAAACAGGGGUUGGGCAGCUACACCCCAAAAUCUUCUCCAGCCUCCUCCAGCCCUUCCAAUCUCUCCCCUUCACCAACCUCCUCUCCAGGAAACUAUAACCAGGGACGGGCUCCUCAGCUCCAGAAAGACACAUUACAACCUCAAGCUGUAAGCCAUCACUCCCCCCACUCCUCUUACCCAAGUCCCAGCUCCAAACGGGAGCCAGCUCCACCCUGCCAGGCCAUGGAGUCUCGUGGUCUUCACAACAGGAGGGGCCCUCUUAAUGGGGGCCAAGGUGGCAGCCUAGCUACCUCUCAUGCAGAAUCUACUCCAACCAGGGGAGAGAGAGAUUGUCACCUAAAAGCCCAGUCAUCACCAGCAAAUGCUUCUGCAACCAGCAACAGGAACAACAGCAGCAGUGUGCCUUACAGCCACUUCCAGCCUCACCCAGGGCUGGGGCACGAGGGUCCUCCUCCUGCCAGCAGCACCUCAGUACCUCAACAAAAGCAAAGUGGUCCCCAUGAGGCCUGGAGACACCAGAGCAGGCCCACCAGUCACUCCCUGGAGUCUGGCAUCUACAGACCUCCUGAUCUGCUACCUCAGCGCCAGCAGAGCCACAAUCAGGUUGUAGAGAGUCGGCCUUCAGGUCCGUCCCAGCAUCACCAUCACAUCAGCUCUCGUCUGCCCUCCGCCAAUCCCACUCGAACACCUGUUAUUACAUCGAAUCCUCCCAUAUCCCAGGCCUCCUGUUCUGUCAGACGUUAUAGUAACAGCAGCAGCCCUCAUAGUAUACAUAUAGAUGGCAUCUCCACAGUGACCACAUCACCCCCUGCUGGCUGCUCUGUGAACAAUGGCAACAGUAAUACCAGUUGGCAGAGGGUCACAGCACCAGUGCCCCAUAACUCAACCAGCGCUGUCACCAGCCCCAAAUCUCAGAUGGAUGCUCUGCUGCAGACUGGUUGUCGGAGAGACCCAGCUCCCACUGCCAGCCAGUCUCAAAAACAGGAGCUGCACAGACCUCAACACCAAGGAUCCACAAAGUCUCAGCCGAUGAAGGGCAAGAUGUCAUACUAUCCUCAGGCUGAACUGGAACAAACUCCUCCAUUUUCCUCAUCGUUCUUCUCCUCAGGGCCCCACAGAGCAGGGGACAGUGUAAUUACAAGUAGAGUUUCAAAUCCAGUUUCCAACUCUUGUCCUACAUACUGCCCAGCUCCUCUCCCUUCUGUUAACCUUCCUCCUCAAACAUCCAGAGCAGCCUUCUCCUCCAGGCUGGGCCAUCAGACAGAUGCUGUUUCAACUAAGAUGUACUCUAAACCUCAGAGUCAUCCGCAACCUCCGAUCUCUGUCCCCCAGUCUAUUGAAGAGGCUCUGGACAAGUUGGAUGCAGAGCUGGAGGGACACAUGCAAGCUGAGGAGAAGAGGAAGCGGGACAGAGAGGAGCAAGAGCGAAAAAUAAGAGAGGAGAAACAAAGGAGAGAAUGGGAUAUGAGACAGAAGCUGGAUGAAGAGAGGAAGAGGAAGGAGCAGGAAAAGAAAGAGGAGAGGAAAAGGAGAGAAAUGGAGAAACUAGAAGAGGAGAAGAGACGACGAGAAUGGGAGAGGCUAGAACAGGAGAGACAGAGAAAGCAAGAAGAGGAGAAGAGAAAAGAAAUGGAGAGACUGGAGAAGGAAAGAAAAAGGAGAGAAUGGGAGGAGAGGCAGGAGGAGGAGAGAAAAAAAAUAGAAUGGGAGAAAAAGGAGCAGGAAAGGAAAAGGAGAGAGUGGCAGAAGCAUGAGGAGGAGAGGAAGAGGAGGGAAGUUGAGAGACAGGAGAGAAAGAAGAGAGAACUGCAGAGGGAGGAGGAAGAAAAGAAAAGGCAAAUGGAGUUGGAGAGGAAAGAGGCAGAAAAGGGGAUGGAGCAAAAGAGCGAAGCCAAACUGUGCAAUGAAAAAGGAAAAGAGCAGACUGCUAUUGAAAAUCUGGAAAGACUGCUCUCUGUUAACAGCUCCACUGCACCUCCACCUCCUCCCCUCUCCUCUGUUCCUGUACCUCCUUCAGGUCCACCACCCCCAACCUCCCAAGCUUCUCCUCCCUACCCCUGGCUUAGCCGUGGUGGUGUCCCUGGUCCAUCUGGCCAUACACCCACCAAUACCGCGCCAACAGAGAGACUUAGACCACCUCCUCUAACUCCUCAAACUGAGUACGCCAGAGAAAAGCAAAGACAGAGGGAGAUGUGGAGCAACAAUGGCGGAACGACAUUCAAUCCCUCAUCAACACACAAUACCUCAGGGAUGAACCAGCCGGUAUACCCCAAUAAGCCCCCGGCAAUGCAAGCAGCACCCAACAAAUCCAAAGACUUAGCCAGGGAGAAAGACCAGUGCAGCCAGCACUCUCUCCCUAGCUUGGCACUUAGAGACCCCCCCAAACUCUAUCAGGCGUUUUCUAAAGGUAACCCUCCACCACCACUUUCAUCCUCCACCUCCACCAGGGGACUCGACAGCAAGCAGACAACAGAGAGCAGUUUGGAAAAGGCCAGCACUGACUCUGACAGCGCUCAGUUUGAAGAGGAGCCCUCGGAGAUGUCCACAAUGCUUCCUGAUGGUCUGGCUAAUAUCAUGGCAAUGCUGGAUGAAUCCAUCAAAAAAGAAGAAGAAAUGUACAACAAUGAAAAGAGUGGGUCUACAGGUCUCUUUGAUAAUUUUACAACUAGUGCAGAGGCUAUUAAGAACUACCUGUGCGCCCCAGAUCUUAUUCCAGCAACAAAGCAUCAACCCAAUCAGGAAGACUUUGGAUCAAAUGCAAGUCCCCCAGUGCUCAGUCGCCAAGGCUCUCUGGCUUCUCCCUGUAGCCGAACAUCAUCUCUCAAUGAGGAGGAUGAGGACUUUAUCAAAGCUUCUCCAAAAGUUCCGCUAAACACUAAACCAUCUAUGGACUUGGCAAUGGGAGUAGCAAACACCAAUUAUCGCCAUAGUGACCUGGCUAAACUUUAUGGCCUUCCUGAGCAGACAAAAAGUGAGGCUGAUGAGGAAUCGGAUGAGGAUUCCGAGGCUCCGUCUUGUUCUCCGCCUCCCCAAAGACCCCACCUCCACCAAACAGGGAUAAACGCUAUGUGUAAGUCCCUAGCAAUCUUGGAAAGCCAGAAGUAUGCUUACCGAGGUGGGCCCUUUGGGAGACCGCCUCCAUCAGCUCUGGUUGGUGUGAAAUAUUCCUCCUCAUUGUCACUGGGUCCUGAUAUUUGCCGCCAGCAGCAAGGCAGUUCUCCCACGUCAGAUUCCACAAACCCACCUUUCAGCCCUGCUGUCCCACCCCUAAAGUCUUCUCCUCGUUCAUCGCUGGAAGACAAAAAACUGAAAAUAGAGGACAGUGACGUCUGGACAGAUGAUGGAGAAAUAGAUGAAACAAAUUCUAUCACAAAGAAUAUUCCAACCAUAAAACCCAUAAGGUUGAUCAAGGAAGAACAAGAGUUAACAACCAUCUCUGAGUCUUCUUUAAAAGAGUUGGGCAAGAGCUGUGAGGUGAUGCUUAGUCGACAUUCCCUUGAUAAAUCUGGUAGCCAUGGCAAACCUGAGGGCACGCACAAAUCUAAGAAAAUAAAGGAGCACAAAGUGAAAGAGAAGAGGAGAAAACAUGGUCACAGUAGCAGGAAGCAUGAGGACAAAAAAGAAAGGAAGCACAGAGACAACAGAGAUGACCUUUCUUCUUCAUCUUCCUCAUCCUCCCAUUCCAGUUCUAGCCAUAAGAGGCACAAGGAUGGCAAGAGUCACAAAGAGAAAAAGGAUUGCAGAAUUUUUGAUGACAUCAAUCUCCAGAGGAGGGAGUCAGAGAAGAAUUAUGAAAUUGAUAAGAAGAGGCGGAAAGAUGCAUCUGGUGUCAUUUCCACCAAUGAAGGGGAACACACAGGAAUUACCUCAACUUUGGGAGAAAGAUCUUCUGAACAUAAAAACUGCCCUGAUUCUGGUUCGUCAUUAGGCCCUACGGAUUUCUUGAAAUUAAAAGCACUGUCAGACGGGCCACCCAAGGAGCUGAAGAUUCGCUUGAUCAAAGUUGAGAGUGGAGACAGGGAGACUUUCAUUGCCUCUGAGGUGGAAGAGAAGAGGAUUCCCCUGGCAGAAAUCAGCAUAAAGAACAGUGCAAGUGAAAUCAUCCGAGCCUGCAAGGGAGCUCGAGUCAAAGGGAAAUUUAAGGAAUCUUAUCUGCUUCCUGCAUUCUCUGUAAAACCACCCAUCACUACAGAGGGAUCCAUUCCUAAAGAGAAACUCAAUCCUCCUACACCUAGCAUCUAUUUGGAAAGUAAAAGGGAUGCCUUAUCCCCAGUGCUGUUGCAGUUCUGUACAGACCCCAAGAAUCCAGUUACUGUCAUCAGAGGACUGGCUGGGUCUCUUCGACUGAACUUGGGACUGUUUUCUACAAAGUCUCUUGUGGAGGCAAAUGCAGAGCAAGCAGUGGAGGUGAGGACUCAAGUACAACAGCCUGCUGAUGAGAACUGGGACCCCAGUGGUACAGGUCAAACAUGGCCUUGUGAAAGCAGUCGCUCCUACACCACCAUCGCCAAGUAUGCCCAGUACCAGGCCUCCAGCUUCCAAGAGAGUCUGCAGGAGGAAAAAGGCAGUGAUGAGGAUGAUGAUGAAGAUGAGAAAAAGCCACAUAUCAGUGUCGACAUCAACAAAGACAGCUCUAAAGAAAGUAGCAAUGGCGAGCAGAAAGCAGUUGGGAAAAUCAUUAAAUUUGGCACCAAUAUUGACCUUUCUGAUCCCAAGAGGUGGAAAGCCCAGCUUCAGGAGUUACAGAAACUUCCAGCAUUUAUGCGUGUAGCAUCCAGCGGGAAUAUGCUGAGCCAUGUUGGACAUACCAUCCUAGGCAUGAACACUGUCCAACUUUACAUGAAGGUCCCAGGAAGCCGAACACCAGGUCAUCAGGAGAACAAUAAUUUUUGUUCUGUAAACAUCAACAUUGGCCCAGGAGACUGUGAAUGGUUCUCUGUCCAUGAGAACUACUGGGAGGCAAUCAAUGACUUCUGUGAAAAGCAUGGAGUGGACUACUUAACAGGGUCCUGGUGGCCAGUGUUGGAGGACCUCUACAAUGCCAACAUCCCUGUGUAUCGUUUCAUCCAGCGGCCUGGGGACUUGGUGUGGAUCAAUGCUGGUACUGUUCACUGGGUUCAGGCAGUGGGCUGGUGCAACAACAUUGCCUGGAACGUUGGACCUCUCAAUGGCUACCAGUAUCAGCUGGCCCUGGAAAGGUUUGAGUGGAAUGAAGUAAAGAAAGUCAAAUCAAUUGUUCCCAUGAUACAUGUAUCCUGGAAUGUGGCCCACACUCUCAAAAUAACUGACCACGACACCUACAAGAUGAUCAAACACUGCCUGCUGCAGUCCAUGAAGCACAUCCAGAUCCUACGGGACCAACUGGUGGCUAUAGGCAAAAAGAUUUCCUAUCAGAGUCGAGUCAAAGAUGAGCCUGCAUACUACUGCAAUGAGUGUGAUGUGGAGGUGUUCAAUUUGCUGUUUGUGACAUGUGAGAGCAGCAGCAGGAAGACAUAUGUGGUUCACUGUGAGGACUGUGCACGACAGCGCAGCCCCAACCUGAACAACGUCGUGGUGCUGGAGCAGUACCGCAUCGAGGAGCUCAUGAACACUUAUGAUUCCUUCAGCCUGGCAUCGUCCUCCCGGUGACAGAGCUCCACACCUGUGUUUCCUCAGCCAUAACCAAAACUCCUGCAAGCCAGGACAAAAAGACAGUUAUCACUUUGGUUGUCAACUCACCCUCUCAUUAUUUACCACCAUUUUUGCUACUGCAAUGACUUGCCGAACAGCCAGUUGAAUACGUUUACUCAUUAUUACUGUUUACAAAAAGAAAUACCAAGCCGCCAAUAAAAUACCAGUUUACUCUCAGAUGGUGCUUUCUGGCAAAAACCCUGGAAACAGGGCAGCUGGUGCUGCCAUUGAACAAACUUUGGAGGGCAGUUAAUGCUUUCAAUGGCGUGUUUUUGUUGUCUUGAAUACUGAAAUUUGUACAUGCUGUUUGAAAAAUUUUGUGGGGUGCUGUCUUUUUUAAGAUAAUUUAUUAUUUUGUUGUUUUUUUUGUUUGUUUUUUUCUAAACUAGAUCAGCCUAGAUAUAUACCACAUUGGCCUUGUAUUUAGAAAAGAGAGAAAAUGAAAAUACUAAUAAUAGAGAUAUGAACAUUUUUCUAAAGCAUUAAGAAUUUUAAAAAUACAAUUGUUUGGAUUGCUUCAAAAGAUACGGGUUUAGCAACUGGUUGGUUUUUUGAAAGGGGGGGGGGUCAUUUGAAGCUUGUAAAUCUUGUUUUUAUGAAUUAUCCUUUUAUUUCCCUCUGGAGAUUGAUAUUCCUUUGUCACACAUUAUCAGGUUUUUUUCUAUUUCUUCCAUCUGUGUGAAUUAUCGAUUGAAAAAGACAAAAAAUAUCAUUGUCAUCUGGCGUGUGUUAUACCUCUGUUUGUUCCAAUAUGCAGACUUAAGCUUUUCCUUUUUUUUCCCCUUUUCACCAUUGUAAGUUUAAUUUAAAAUGUUUCCUCUAUUUAUUGGAUAUCGAUGUUUUCUCUCUUUAAGAGGGUUGUACAAUUUUGCUAUUUUUUGUUUUCUGUUUUCAUGUUGACUGAAAUGUGGAGGUCGUAUGUCGGUGGGAGUGGAGGCUGCUGUUUGCUGGUGCUUGCCUCAAACUCCUGCCUUUUUUUCCUUUCCUGAUAUAUAUAUUAAAUUAAAUCUUUAUCUUGAAUAUAACACCACCUUUCCUGUAGAUGAUAGACACACUGCUCAUGUAGAGAAGAUGACUAAUGGAAUGCUGUGUUUGUAUGCUUAUUAGGAAAAAGCAAAACGACUUUUUUCCAAAGUGUUUUGAGAAAUGGUAAUUUUUUUUUACUAUGUAGGGGACUUUUAGAUGAGAUUUUUAUGAUAUCUGUUGAUUAUGAUAAUGGGAUAGAUGGUGCUAAAUGUUCUCUUUGAACAACCUUUUUUCUUUUGUCCUCUUAAAAUGAGAAAUAUAUUUUUCCUGUUGCAAUAUCUUACACUUUUCCUGCUCUUUGUGGUCAUUUAUUUAUAACUGCACUGUUUAGAGAAUUCACACAGACUUACUUGCAGACACACACACACACCAAACUGAGCCAGACAUGUCUUAAACACUUGUGAAUUUGUGUGACAUUACUAUGACUAUUAAUAAACGCUUUUGAUAAAUCCA